UUUAAGUUGAUAUUAACAUUUAUAAUCAAGUGUACAUUCGUACUGUUCCAACGACAAACAUUACUAACGUGCGUUACAGGAAGUUGACGACAUGCUUCCGUAUUCCGUUUUGUGUUUUCUAGAGAUUAAGCUAAGUAACUACUGUCUUUCUUAUCGCAUCAGUCAGCAACAAGCGGUACACACAUGGCCUAUUAUUUGAUCUUAAGAAACUUAAUUUAAGUUACUGGAUAAGAUCGUUUGGUCUUUAGAUAUCUUGGAAACCCUGUGCUGUGUAGUCGACGUAUACUCGUGUAGUGCGCUGCAUUUUGUGAAUGUAGUAUUGUGCUCUCUGAUUACUGUACCUAUUUUAGUUAGGCCAAAUCUCGAACCAUCGCAGUUGAGGCAGUGACUGAAUGCCAUACUAUAAUCAACAAUCAGAAAGAUGGGUCUUGAAGAUAUCUCUUCCCCGGUGUUUACCAUCGAUAGCAACAAAGUAUCAAUGCCGGAUAUUGCAUUAAAGACUUAUACUUUUGACGAAGUGAUAGAUAUUAUAGGUUUUGGUAAAACCACAUUGCAGAUCUUUAUAGCCUCUUCAAUAAUAAUGAUGGCAGUCUUGAAUGAAACAAUGGGUAUUUCAAUAGUAAUUCCGGCGGCACAGUGCGAUCUUAAUCUAUCGGCCACUGAUAAAGGCAUAUUGACUGGAGUAAGUUUUGCUGGCAUUAUCGUUUCGUCACACUUCUGGGGUUAUAUUGCAGACACAAAAGGUCGCCGUAGGACGCUAAUCGUGUCACUGCUGUUAACCGCAGUCUGUUCUCUGGUGUCCAGUUUAUCCAUCAACUACACAAUGAUGGUGGUUAUGCGCUUUCUAGUGGGAGUUUUCAUUUCCGCACCGUCGGCUACCAUAUUCGCUUAUCUGGGAGAAUUUUUCAAAACAGCAAACCGUACACUGGUAAUAACUUAUGCAAGCACUGCAGUGGGACUGUCUGCCGUUUUUACAGCAACUGCUGGAUGGUAUGUGCUAUCGUUGCACUGGAUGCUAGAUAUUCCCGGGACGGAACUCACUAUAAAACCGUGGCGUCUCUUGUUUUUUGUGUACACCAUACCUACGUUGAUAGGAGCAUUUUGGUUAAUGAUUCUUCCUGAAAGUCCAAAGUUUUACCUUUCGCGCGGACGAGAAUCGGAAGCAUUCGAGAUUUUGUUGCGGUUGUAUCUAGAGAAUCACCCACAUGCAGCCGUGGAUGAUUUUGCCGUUAAACAUAUAACGCCCGAAGCGGGACAAAAAGAUCGCAGUACGUCACUGAAAAGGACCGGUAGUUGCUGGAAAGUUGCGUGUAGCGUAUGGAACCAAACGGUUCCACUCUUUCAGAAACAGAACGUUAUUAACUUCGUCAUUUGUUGCGUGGUGCAAUUUGGACUGUUUGUAGUUUCAGCUGGAAUGGGGCUUUGGUUUCCAGAUAUAAUUAAUCGACUAACUACAACAAACGUUUCAGAUAUUUCUGUCUGCGAAGCACUUGAAGUAUCAGCAAACCCUGGCUACAUAUUGAAUGUUGAGACAAUCAUCGAUGAAGCGUGCAAAGACAAUAUCAAUGAACGUGUGUUCAUCUACGCUAUUAGUUUGGGUAUAUUGUAUACAGUGGUGUAUCUAGCUAUGUCGGUACUAAUGCGCAAGCUAGGACGUAAGUGUUUGGUAGCAUUCAAUUUAUUCUUUUCGGGAUGUUCUGGGAUUGUGUUGCAGUUUGUAGCCAACCCAUACAUCACUAUUGCACUGUUUUGUUCGUUUUUGGUAUUUGCUGGUACAUCAAUUUCUAUUCUUAACGGCGCAACUGUAUCAAUAUUUCCAACGAAUGUUCGUGCGAUGGCCGUUUGUUUGAGCCUGAUGAUGGGACGGCUAGGCAGUGUUUUCGGAAGUAACCUAGUGGGACUUAUCUUGGAGGAAAACUGUACGCUAACAUUUUAUCUCUUUGCCAGCGGUUCAAUUAUCUGCGCCGUUCUAACAUUAUUUUUGCCCAGUUAAUAGACACGUUAGCUUUAAGCAACGAACAAUCUAAUAUGUUUGUCAAUUGGAGCACUAAAAGUAAUGAAAAAUAUUGCACCUUAGUGUUAAUUUUAUUUUCAGAAGGAACGGCUUCGGCCCUAUUGGUUAGUGACAAAUUUGUGUAGUAGAACAACCCAAUUUAAAUAGACGGUACACACAUAUGAGUACACAAAUAAAAUAUAAGAAUAACUUGAUUAUGCCUCAUUCAUUCGUACUCAAUGAUAAAAAAGCUGCAUUUUACAAUCAAUUUUGAUGAUGGCUUUAUAACAUGGAAGUAGUUUGAGUAGGUUCGGUUGACAUUAUCAAACGGAGUUGGAACGACAUCAAACGGUACAGCAGACAAUGGAUUUGUUUUGAUUUUGCGCGAGAUCAGUAUCGUUUAUUUCCCAAAUACUGCGAUUCUUUUACUUUUUGCUUUUGUGGCCACUUGUUCGAAUAUCAUAUAACACUGUUGGUGGGACGUCACAUCAUCCGAUGUCGUUAUGCGUACGCGUUCUUGCAUGACAUGAAGUUCGUAUUGAUUUAUUUUUUUAUCCAUUCAAAGGAAAGCCGAGUUUGUGAUACAACAGGCACACAGAACAGAACAGACAAGGGCGAUCAAAAGUUUUGUUGUAGAAUGUUAUUUCAAAAAUGUGCUUUAUGAGAUAAGUUCUAUUUAAUAAUCUUAUGAUUAGAAACGGAAAUAUCUGAUCCCUAAAAAAAUAUAUGAGAAAAUAAUAAAAAUUCUUGAAAGCUUGUUUUUAUUGUUGUUAAAAAUAUAGUUUUACUUCAUAUUAUUUAACAUUGAAUGCACAUGAAUUGGCAUACAGUUUUCAUUUGCGUCGAAUGUAUGAGAUCAUAAGUAUUGUUUUAAUUACUCUUUCUAAUGAUACAAGAUCAGGGCAACCCAAACUGCGGUAUGCUGCUUAAAUGUAGGCUUCAAAUGCAAACAAUGCGCUGCAAAUAACCAAUUAGUUAUAUUCCAUAUUAAAAAAAAUAAAAUUUAGCAUAUAUAAAUAAAAAAAUAUUCGCUAGUAGUAUUAUCAUUGUUCAAGUAAAUUUAUAUAUCUUC